GAAGUUCGCUAAAAAAAAACCCAGUGCCGCUGUCUUCCCUUUUUCCAUGACACAAGGCAAGCGCGCUUGUAACCCGCGUGUGGGUUUUUUUAUUGCGCAUUUCAACAUUGUGGGAUUUGAUAGGGCCCACUUUUUGAGCCCAGGGCGGUGAGUGAAAGGACCCUUGAACUCUGGGGGCCGUCUGACGCGCACCGUUACUCAUUAAACACUAAACGCCACACCUCGCCUUGCCACUCCACCGCGUCUACGUUGAGGACCCCCACCGCUCGAGUGAAUUCAGUGGUCGACAGGGUUUUGUUGUGUUGGUGUGGAUUUUUGUUGUGUUGGUGUGGUUUUUUUUCUUAAAAAAAAGUCUCGCCUCGGAGAGAGAGACGCUCGUCUCCAAAGCCUAUCUAUAUAUCUCUCAAGACUCGCCCAAAAAGAAUGACGGGUAUGCCACUUGCACUUAGGAUUUGUUUAUUAAUCUGCCUUCUUCAUUUCGUCAAAGGUAACACUCCUCCAGUGUUUAUAGGUAACCCGGUGUUUCAAAUACGUGAAGACACGCCAGUAGGCGCCAUUGUAUUCACGGUGUUGGCACAAGAUGACGAUGGCGAUCCAAUUGGGUACAGCCUCAGAGGGUCUGAAGCGACUCGUUACUUCACUAUCAAUAGUGCCACGGGAGUCGUGACUCUGAAGUCUACCAUAGACCGCGAGGAAUAUGCUACCCCAGCAAAGAAUGAGCAGUUUACAGUUGAAGCCGUCCUUACAGAUGGAAUUUAUACUGUUGACAGAGUUCUGACAAUCCUCACUGUGGAUGUCAAUGACAACUUUCCAGAGUUUAAGGAGCUUCCGUAUCAAAUUACUUUAGCAGAGAAAAAAUAUGUAAAUGAACAUUUUUUUCGCGCCAUCGCUGAAGAUAAAGAUGGUGGAAACCUUGGCAGAGUUGGCUACAUUAUGGAGGUUGUUCCGAACAUAAGCAUAUUCAGAAUAGAUGCCAACAACGGAAGUCUCUUUAUCAAUGGAGAACUUGAUUACGCUGAAAACAUUGUCUAUCAGAUUAAGAUCAAUGCUUCGGACAAGGGAGACAUCCCGAUGAGUUCAGCUGCAAUUCUGAUCGUUAACGUUGAAGACAAGCCCAAUCUGCCGCCAGAAUUCAGAAAUGAAAUUUACCAAAAAAACAUAAUGGAGAACUCACCUGUGGACACUUUUGUUUUGUCUGUGACAGCUGUGGACGGGGACAAGGGCAUCAACAAUCAAAUUGAAUAUGAACUUAAAGGUGACAUGAACGGCAAUUUCAAGAUUAACCGUGCAACUGGGGAAAUACAAACGGCCGCACUUAUUGACCGGGAAAACACCACCUACAUCCAGCCCGGUGAUACCAUCACAUUCUAUGUCGAGGCUUCUGAGGUACUAAGUGGCGAUCAUAAUGGUCCUUCCACCGCCACAGCUACAAUCAUAGUGACGGUGAUGGAUGUCAACGACAAUGAGCCCACAUUUUACCUGAAGAUGGCCGACGAGCCCGUGGGCAGUAUUAACAGCACGUUUAACGUGCACUUGCCCGAGGAGAGUUCACCCGGGUCACCGAUCUCAAACCUCAACAUGUACAUAAGGGACCCCGAUAAGAGGGAGAAUGGCGAAGUUAUCCUUUCCAUAAACACAACAGUCUUUGAAAUCGUGCCCAGCUUAAUCAUUAAUGAAGGCCCUCUCACCAUCCGAGUCAAAGAUGCAAGUCAGUUGGAUUAUGAAGAGAUCCAAGUGUUAUAUGUGCAGGUCAAUGCCACAAAUGGUAACUUCACCACGACGGCCAUUGUGACUAUUAACCUCGUCGACAUUAACGACAACAGUCCAAUAUUUUCUGCCCAAGAAUUCUACGUCAAUGUGUCAGAGGGUGCAAGUGAUGGUGACUUUAUACAUAUAAUUAAUGCUACCGACAAAGACUCAGGAAGAUUUGCAGAAAUAUCGUUCAGCCUUUCUGGUGCAACAGAUGUGAGGGACACGUUCCAGGUGGACAAUGUGACGGGAGCGCUAAGCGUGCGCGACAAGAGGCAGCUUGACCGCGAGACGAAGCCUGUGUUCUACGCCAACGUGAUCGCCAUGGACGGCGGGGGCCGCGUCUCGAGCGUGCCCCUGCAGAUCAACGUGUUGGACGUCAAUGACAACAUCCCCCGGUUCCAGCAGAUGACCUACACGGCAUUCUACAAAGAGAACAUGGUCAACGAUCCCAUUUUAAUCCUGGCCACGGAUAAAGAUGAGGAAGGCACCCAGAACAGCAACAUCACGUACUCCAUCUUCGGGGGGGACGACUUCUCGAAUUUCACCAUCGACGCCACCUCGGGAGUGCUGAUCGUCAGCGGGCAUCUGGACGCAGAGUCCAUGGACCCGUCGCUGAAUGGGACGUUCAGGCUCACGGUGAUGGCAGAGGAUCAGGGAAAUCCUCCGCUCAACUCCACCGUGUCGGUCGUCGUCAAGGUGGAGGAUUUGAAUGACGAAACUCCGGUCUUCACAAAGCCGGUGUACACUGCUUCCGUCCCAGAAAACGCAAUCGCAGGACAUUUUGUGGUGAGCGUUCACGCUCCGGACUCUGACGUCAGUCCCCCGAACAAUCGCGUCAGCUACAGCAUCUUCAGCGGGUCGCGAGGAAACUUCCUGAUCAGAGCUGUUCCGAUAGCCGUCGGCUCUUUAGACUUCAUCGGCAACAUAUCAGUGGAUUCCGGCAACCAGCUCGACUACGAGGCAGACAAAAUCUACACGAUGGUGAUCGUGGCGACUGACUUGGGCUUCCCGGAGCGCAGCUCUAGCACCACUGUUACGGUCCUCAUCACGGACGUAAACGACGAGACUCCUGAAAUCACCAAUUUGCCCCGCAGCGUCAAUGCCUUCGAGAACGGACAGCCUGGGGCGAUGGUGGUCAACGUGACUGGAUUUGACAAGGACACGGACGCGGACCUGAAGUUUUUCAUCAGCGACCACUUUUGCUACAAAGGAGUGAUUAGUGUCAACAAAUCGGAAUGCGCCAGGUGGUUUGUGAUCAACGUUACAUCUGGAACCGUCUCCUACGGCGACAUCGAGGUGGACUUUGAGGAGAUCACCAGGGUGGAGCUCACUGUGGUCCUCAUUGAUUUGGCGACAGUGAAAAGCAGAAAUUCUACCUCUGGUGUACUCACAAUCAACAUUCUGGAUGCCAAUGACAAUGAUCCCAUUUUCCAAAUAAAACCUUCGACAGGUGUAAUCGUUGCAGAAAUUGCGAACGAUAAAUACGUGUUUCCAGAAAUUUGGCAGGCGACAGACAGGGACGAGGGAGAAAACGCCAAGCUCAGGUUCAGUGUGACGAGGCUGCAGCUCGUUCAGUCCAACAACAUAACGGUGGAGCAGGAUGUGAACACAUUCUCCAUGGAGACCCAAGCGAGCGAUAACACCAACCAGUACACGGGCUCCAUGGGCAUAACAAGAGCCAUAAAUCCUGCACAGGACGGAAGGUACAUCAUCACCGUGACAGUGUCGGACAACGGGAGUCCUCAGCGUCGAACAUCGACCGACUUCACCGCCUUCCUCAUCAGUGAGACGAACAAGGUAAAGCUGGAUUUUGAUGGUUCUGUACAAGACAUUGAAGCAAAGAAAGGUCAAAUAUCCAUAAAUCUCCAGAAGACUGUGUACAACUCCAUCGUCGCAAUAACUGCCAUCAAAGCAGCGUCUACGAAACAGACCCGCGAGGGAAACGACAAAUCAGUCAUGGAGGUGUACUUCUACUUCAGCAAUGGGACAGCCGUGAGUCAAGAACGAGCAGUCAAAGUGAUACAGGACAGUGUGGGAACAGAGGCGGUGCAGAAACUCAUAGGCCUGGGAAUGACGGGUGUGGGUUCGGGUCCCACAUUUGAAGAUCCAAAUAUUGCGCAAUUAAGACUGUUGGAGAUAUUGGUGAUCUCGCUGGCGGUGGUUCUCCUCCUUAUCCUGACUGUCAUGAUCACCAUCACAGUCUGCAUGCGCAGGAGCUACCAGAGGAAACUCAAGUCCAUGACCGCGAUGAACCGCGCCAAGGAAGUGAAGAGCGCACCGGUGCAGAACGGAACCCAGGUUCCCGGCACGAACAUGCACGCCACCGAGAAAUCGAACCCGCUGUGGAACAGCCCCGUCUAUGAGCUUCCUGACCUCGGCUAUAUCGAGGAGAGUGACCCUGACAGGAAGAGCAUAAACUCUUUGGAUGAAAAUGUUCUUGAUGCAAGCGAUUUGCGGAUGGAAGAAACGGAAAUGAAUGUGAAGCAGGCGCCUCCAACGAAUCACAGCCACAAGAAUGGUGAGAGCGCCCAUCAGAACCUCCUGGGAGUCGCCCUCCAGCAGCGAGAAAAUGAUCGCAGUGCCCGCGACAUGAAAUUGCCCAACUUGCAGGGCGCCGACAACAAAGCUCUUGACACGACGGAUAUCUAACCGGAGCCUGCGGCGUACCCCUGCGGCGUGUCCCUGCAUCCCAUCAGCUCGGAAGCUGCUGGCUCUCUGUCAAUUGUACGGUCGCUAACAAACGAUACACUGGUGCAGCCAUGUGGAGUUAUUGGUCGAGGGAUGUAGAAGUAACCAUGCAGAGAAAAAAACCCCUCGUUCUUUGCAGAGCAACCUGUGGUUCCAGAAUCAGAAUGUUCAUUUGAACUGGAAGAAUCCGAUGAGCUAUUAAGCUUUUUUUUCCACCAAAACAACCUAUUAAACAUGUUUAUCUUAUAAAGUAACGUUCGUGACGAAUGUAGUUUACACAGGUUAACUGACAGAACAAAGUGGGUUUUUAUUUCUUUAAGGCAACUGUCUCCAGGACUCCCAGCUUCUCUUAAGAUUACCAACCACGCAGUAAAAAAUAUUCCGUACAUGCAUUCCCCUUCCACACAUAAUUUAAGGAGUGCAUUCAAAGGGUUUAAUAGUCUAUUUUCACAUUAACAAAACAAGCUCAACACAUUGGUCAAUAAUAAUGCCUUCAAAUAAAACAUAAUUAAACUAGGCGAUGUUUUGGGCAAGGGCCCUUCACAUGAGAACAUUUGUAGAAUGAAUGGCUUGUUCACCUCAUAUUAAGGAUAAUACAAUAGCACAAAGAUAAACUAAACGUUUCCAAACGCUCUAUUAUUCUACUAAAGAGCAGCUGGUUCAUACAACGGAGCCCGAUGUCGCAUUACGGACCUUGAUGGCAAUAUGAUUUUGGCGUUUCUGUGCUUGAACGCAACGCUUAAUGAAUGGCACCGCUUCUGGUUAGGACAUCUCAGUACAGACGCGGCAGUUUGACAAUCAUUCUAAGCAAUUCCACGACUUUUCUGAUUUUGUGGGAGGCCGGUUCGGUGGAUGAGCGUCUGCUCUCGAGAGCAAAGGGAUCUGAGUUCACUGCGUGCUUUGUAUUGCCCACUGCUCUGUGAAUCCUCAUUGUAUUUGCAGCGAAAAAUUACUUCUGGGUCAAACUUCCUUUUGGAAUUGUCGGGCAUGUGCUGGAUUAGUCUGUGCUAUGCACGUGGAAUUGACACGAGCAACUUUAUUAUGCAUUCUGAGGACAAAGACUGUAGAAGUUAAAAUCAAGUUUGUGAUUCACUAGUUUUAACAAAACGAUAGCAAGAAAUUACCGAUGUUUAGAUGUAUAGGACAAUGUAUGAUAGCACUUUAUGUAACAUUUUAAGGUUUACAAAGUAAUUGUAAAUCAAAAUACAUUUCAUGGUACUCUUUUAAUGUUUUAAUUAUUUUUAAUUUCACCUUUGCCAAUACAUAGCAACAGAAUAUUUGCGUUUAAUAUUGUAAUUGUCGACUGUUCUUUGCUAUUCCUCCGAUGUUACUGUAUUCUGUUUUUCAAAUGUUGUGUUUUCACAGCGGAGUUUUGUCAAAAUCAAACCUGAAUAUAUAUGUAAUUAGAGUUUAAUCGUAUUAAUAAAAAAAUGAAUCUUAUUACAAUCA